AUGAUCACUUAUACAAAUGUUUCUCCCACAGGAAUCAUUGAGCGUGGAGGAGGCUCCAUGCAGGAGGGGGUGGGGCGCCUGAGGGGCGACGCCCCCCCGACGGGCGGUCUCUUCUCCCUCAGCGACGCUCUCUUCUUCUACCAAACGGGGCUGGAGAGCCUCGUGGACGAUGCGGUGACUCAGCGCUUCUCCUCCGAGGAACUCAACUCCUGGAACCUGCUGACCAGAACCAACCAGAACUUCCGAUACAUCAGCCUGCGCCUCACGCUGUUCUGGGGGGUCGGGGUGUUCGUCCGCUACGGCCUGCUGCUGCCCUUCAGGGUCACUCUGGCUGUGAUUGGUCUCUCCUGGCUCGUCAUAGGAACCGUUCUGGUGGGGCUGCUGCCGGAGUGCAGUGGGAAGAACUGGCUGAGUGAACUCGUCCAUCUGACCUGUUACAGGGUAUGUGCCAGAGGACUGUCAGCCACCAUCCUGUACCACAACAAAGAGAAUCGCCCUCAGAAAGGAGGGAUCUGCGUGGCCAAUCACACGACGCCCAUCGAUAUCGUGAUCCUGGCCAACGACGGCUGCUACGCCAUGGUGGGUCAGGUGCACGGGGGUCUGAUGGGGGUCCUGCAGAGGUCCAUGUCCAGGUCCUGUCCUCACGUCUGGUUCGAGAGGUCGGAGAUGAAGGACCGCCACACCGUCACCAACAGGUACGACUGA